UUUUGUUUGUUUUAUAGGUUUCCUUAAAGGAAUAAAAUGGAGGAAUCCGUGCACCAAAUGCAGCCACUGAAUGAGAAGCAGAUAGCCAAUUCUGAAGAUGGAUAUGUAUGGCAAGUCACUGACAUGAAUCGACUACAGCGAUUCUUAUGUUUUGGUUCUGAAGGUGGGACUUACUAUAUCAAAGAACAGAAGCUGGGCCUUGAAAAUGCUGAAGCUCUAAUUAGAUUGAUUGAAGAUGGCAGAGGAUGUGACGUGAUCCAGGAGAUAAAGUUAUUUAGCCGAGAAGGCAGAACCGCAAAGCAGGAGCCCAUGCUCUUUGCACUUGCCAUUUGUUCCCAGUGUUCUGACAUCAGCACAAAACAAGCGGCAUUUAAAGCUGUUUCUGAAGUUUGUCGUAUCCCUACACAUCUCUUUACUUUUAUCCAGUUUAAGAAAGAUCUGAAGGAAAGCAUGAAAUGUGGUAUGUGGGGUCGUGCCCUCCGGAAAGCUGUAGCAGACUGGUACAAUGAAAAAAGUGGCAUGGCCCUUGCUCUGGCAGUUACAAAAUAUAAACAGAGAAACGGCUGGUCUCACAAAGAUUUAUUAAGAUUGUCACAUCUUAAACCUUCCAGUGAAGGACUUGCCAUUGUGACCAAAUACAUCACAAAGGGCUGGAAAGAGGUCCAUGAAUUGUAUAAGGAAAAAGCACUUUCUGUGGAGACUGAAAAAUUACUAAAAUAUCUGGAAGCUGUAGAGAAAGUGAAGCGAACAAAAGAUGAACUCGAAGUCAUUCAUCUAAUAGAAGAACAUAGGUUAGUUAGAGAACAUCUUCUCACAAAUCACUUAAAGUCUAAAGAGAUAUGGAAAGCUUUGUUGCAAGAAAUGCCUCUCACUGCAUUGCUGAGGAAUCUAGGAAAGAUGACUGCCAAUUCAGUACUUGAACCAGGAAAUUCAGAAGUAUCUUUAAUAUGUGAAAAACUGUGUAAUGAAAAAUUGUUAAAAAAGGCACGCAUACAUCCAUUUCAUGUUUUACUUGCACUAGAAACUUACAAAACAGGACAUGGACUCAAAGGAAAACUGAAGUGGCACCCUGAUAAUGAAAUCUUGAAAGCAUUAGAUGAUGCUUUUUACAAAACAUUUAAGACGGUUGAGCCAACUGGAAAGCGUUUCUUGCUAGCUGUUGAUGUCAGUGCUUCUAUGAACCAAAGAGUUUUGGGUAGCAUACUCAAUGCUAGUGCAGUUGCUGCAGCAAUGUGCAUGGUUGUCACACGGACAGAAAAAGAUUCUUACAUAGUUGCUUUUUCAGAUGAAAUGGUACCAUGUCAAGUUACUGCAGAUAUGACUUUACAAGAGGUUCUAAUGACUAUGAAUCAGAUCCCAGCAGGUGGAACUGAUUGUUCUCUUCCAAUGAUCUGGGCUCAGAAAACAAACACAGCUGCUGAUGUCUUCAUUGUAUUCACUGAUAAUGAGACCUUUGCUGGAAGUGUUCAUCCUGCUGUUGCUCUAAGGGACUAUCGGAAGAAAAUGGGUAUUCCAGCCAAAUUGAUUGUUUGUGGAAUGACAUCAAAUGGUUUUACCAUUGCAGACCCUGAUGAUCGAGGCAUGUUGGAUAUGUGUGGCUUUGAUUCUGGAGCUCUGGAUGUAAUUAGAAAUUUUACAUUAGAUGUGAUUUAACCAUAAGCACCAGUACAAUCCAAGGGAUCCAUUGCUAUCAAUGGAUCUUGCUAAAAAUCAUAGCUACUUCUCAGCUACUCUUAAUCCAGUGAAAGAGAUAUAGUAAGUACAUGAUGGAAAGUUACUUUACCAAAAAACAAGAAGAGGAAAAGUAAGACAAACCCAAAGUUCUUUCUGUCUACUAACCUAGAUUUUGGGAACUUGGAUUAGAAAAUGUGUUAGCUUCCUCUAUCUAAGAAGACUUCUUGUUAAUAGGCACUGUAAAAUAGUAGAACACUAGAAUAGUUAAUUGUUUCACUGGGGAAUAAUAAUAAUAUUUGUACUUCAAAAAGGUGAGAACCAAAAAGAAAUUCCAUAUCAUGACACUUUAACAGCUUAUGUGAAAAAUUUGCUCAGAUGUUUUCAUCGAGAAAGGUCACCUUUGAUAAUUUCUAAAUACUCUAAGAUGCACUAGACCAUGUAACUGUGAUGGAGUAUGAAAAUCACCUGCAAACUUUUAUACUAAAGAUGGGAAAUGCUAAGACAUUUUGAUUGAAUUAUAAUGAGAUUUUACCAAUUCUUCUCAGAGUCUUCUAAGAUCAUAAAAAUAACAAACCUUCUUAUUAAAUGAGAACUAUAUUUUCUUUCUGAUG